ACAAGGAAAUAAAAAGCUUAAAAAAAAUAGAAUUAGAAAUAAGAGGAAUGAAAGAAGCAAGAGUAAUGAGCCAAAAAAGAUAGCUUUUAGUAAAAAUAACUCUUAUUAUAAGGACAAACAUAUAGUAUUAAAUAUUGAAUUACAAGCAAAUAUACAAGAUGAAGAAAUAAUUAAAACUGAAACAAUUAUAAUUACAGAUGAUGAACUUGUAGUAUCAGAUAAAGAAUCUCAAAAUAAUAUUGAAAGUUUACUAAUACAAGAAACAAUAGAUUAA